AUGAAGCGUCUAGCAUUGGGACCAGGUCUGAUGCUCAAAAGUGUACUGUCAAACUACUCCAUGGACCUCGAUGAUCUCAAUGAAGUCAGAGAUUUCACGUGGACCAUCCAAUACACGGCCGGCAUCACCGCUAGGGCAAAAACGAUGCUGAUUAAGAAGAAAGCGUUAGCGUUUGUUUCAACGCUUCCAUGGUACUCCUGGUACUCGCAGUACCUGGGCUUCUCCGAUGAGCUUCUAGGCCUCAGGUCUGUGAAGGAUCAUGAAAAGGCAUCAAUAGAUCACGCAACCGCCUUCAUUAACAGAAAUAUCCCCUACAACACGGCUCAGCUGGCUACCCUUGCUUUAAAAUUUUCGACAUAUUGGGUGAAGGACAUCUCUGGCAACGCCAAGGAGGCAGUCCCCAUAAAGAAUCUCUAUGACUAUUACUUCGAAUACUUUAAGGAGACAGCCUACGGCAUGCCCCCUACAUCAAAGAUGGGCCUGAGAAUAUCAAGCCGGCUUUUCAUAAAUGCAGUGAACAUGACAAAAGACGCCAACUGGGCGAUGUUCCUGCAGGCAGAGGACGCCAGGAACAUCCCGACCUCCAACGUCGUCGAGCAGCUCGAGUACAUGAAGAACGGCUUCCCUACACGCCAGGCGUGCUACGUUCUCAAGGACCUCUACGUGAACUACUCGGAGACGGAGAUGCUGACGCAGAGUGAGGAGGAGGUCUUCCAGCUCCUCACGCCCUCCGCCAUCGAGCGCAUGCCAAUUUGCAUCAUUGCGGCCUUCGGCACGAAUCUACUUCGACGCCUGGACGACGUCAGCAAGAUAAUCCUACUGGAUCGCCUUGUCACGAACAGGCAACAAGUGUUAGCCUACACCUCCAUCAGUCGUGCGGCCCUGCAAACUAUCGUAGAUGAGGGGCUCACUGCCAAGGGACGGCCGAGCGUAUUGACAGGGGCGGACGUGAACAUGUACGGAGAAAUUCUGCUGUACUUCCCAACUGACUUACUCUACGCCGUAACUACUGAGGGCGCACCAGUCGCCCUGCGUCUCUUCAAUUCGCUGGCGUCAAGCGUCCUGAUGCCUUGUCUUGACGGGGGACGACGAGCGGCCAUCGCUAACCUCAUCACCAAGUACAAAGGUGAUGACCCGCAGACAUGGCGGAAUAUGUCGGGGCUGUGUUGCCUGCUGUACACGCUGCCGUCGGGGACGCUGAGCCGCAUCCCCCGCGGGGCCCUCAUGUCCUGUCGGUGCCCCAUCGCUAACAUCAUCCAAUACGCCCCCGAAGACGAGGCCCGCCAGGUGGAGUGCCGCAGCGACCUCGGCGAGGACUACGAAGUCGAGAUCUGGCAGCGCGACAACGUGCGGCGCGUGCAGGCCUGGGCGGCGCUGGACAUCCUCGACCCUUACACCAUCCCCGGCUACAAACCUCCUGGAAGGAGGAAGAGAGCUGUGAGCGACGUCUCUCUCUGCAAUCGCGCCGCGGUGAGCGGCGCUGAUGACAUCAGCAACAACGAGCUGAGCUCUGCGUCCUCAGCAGACAUCAUGCAGUGCCUGGCUGCCCUUGGGGAUCGCUAUAUGGACAACACCAAAGCCCAGAUCCUGGCAAACAAGGUGCGAGAAUCUCUGAGCACGAGGUCAUGGUCGAACCUCACGAACGAUCUCAUGGGUGAUAUGAACUUCAUCAUGAAGGGCAUCCCGGCCAACGAAAUUCGUGAUCUCCCCUCCCUGUCACCUAAUAACUCCUUCUACGAUACAGUCACGGUCUUGGGCAACGAAAAGAUGAAGUUCACCGAUGACCAGCUACGAGCAUAUGCAGAUAAGGUGCUCACGACGUGGCUGCCCCUGGCCAACAUGACAGACGUUCAGCUCGCCAUGUUCAACCGCCUGAUGUGCGCCACCAACCCAUUCACCAUCAGCACCCUCAGUGACGAGCGUGUCGGGUACGCUCUUGCCUACCUCGGCGUCACCCUGGAAGGCUGCAGUAGAGAAGAUGUGUUGGCGCCUCUUGCUUUGAAAGCGAUCACUUCCUACACCUGGCCGUUGUCUAGAGCGGAGGUGCGGGAGAUGGGCGUGGUGUUCGCUGGGAUUGAACCAAGGAAGAUCAGAAUUCUUGACUCAAGCUCCUUCGCCGGUGUCACGCCAGCCGCUAUGCGCGCCAUGUCUAGCGAAGCCAUCAAGGGGAUGGAUCCCUCGCAGCUGCGCAGUCUUCCUCCCACGACAGCGAUGGCCAUGAGCCCUGCCAUCCGGGAGAAACUUUGGGAUGAACAGAAGGCAGCUCUGGAGGAAGCCAUGAGGGGCCAUGAGAUUGGUGCCUCCUGCAGACGAGAACUCUCGGCUGCCGCUGCACUUCUUGGGCUGCUAAUUAUAGUCUUCGCUACGUAAAUGGCGUCUUCAACGGAGACUACGAAACGUCGCAGCAGCAACAACAUUGACAAGAUUUAAUCAUUACUACAUCGUUAAUAGAAUAAGGUCCCAUGAAAGUGAUGCCUACAGCUCUGACAAUUGCGGAUUAUGCUUACAAAAUAUUGAUGCAUUAUUAACAAUAAUAAUACUGGUGUUGAAGAAUACUCACCAAAAUGAGGAAUUUAAUGUUUAUAACACUACCGCGGGAUUGAUUCAUAUAAAUGGUAUUUUACUGUAGAAGCUUCACAAUUAAAAGCAGUUCAGUUAUUUUUGACGAUUCGUGUCAGCAGAAGAAAUUUCUUGAAAUUCGCUGACUUAUCCCGUUUGCGGAUAAUGGGAUAUAAAGUAAUGAUGAUUUACCGACAGAUUGCUGCACUGACUAGAUUUACCGAGUGAAGACAGCACUGACUUCUCAAACCACGGUUUGUUCACCAAAUAGAUGCUUUUCUGUAGCAUUCAUAGCAUUCAUAAACUCAUCAUUUUUGAUGACCGUAUUUCAGCUUAUUAUUUUCCGCACUCUAGAUUUGACGACCGUAUUAUUCACCUAUACUUAUUUUCUCAUAUUUCUAUUUAGUAUUUUCAUCCUCGCGAUUUGUUGACUAAAUAUUAGCUUAGUACUAAACUACGCAUAAUAUUUUUAGCCUCGUUCAACGUAGUAUCUUCUUCAAAUGAUUUAUUUAUGUAUCGGAGCUCAUACUCCACCCACUCAUAGCUUUUGACUAUGUUUCCACUUAGUAAUUGUCAGUCAAUUUUUUUGGUUAUAUUUUAGCUUAGGGGGAGCGU